AUGGCGGCGGCGGCUGGGUCAUUCGCUUUCUCCCCGGUUCUUCGCUUCGCGUUCGUCCUGCUCCUUGUCUCCGGCGCGCUUCGACCGGCAAAAUCGGAGUGGAUUGAGGAAUCCGGCGGUUCGAGAAGGAACGUGGCGCUCACACGCCCCGCACACGCGCAGCAGUUGCUACGCAGACAGCAACAGCAGCAGCAGCAGCAGCAGCACCGGCCCGCCACCACCGUCGUUCGCGGCGGCCCGGGCGGCGACGCAAUCGUUUCAGCCGUCGGCUUUCCGCUCGUCCGCUCCGCCACCUCUGACGGCUUCUCCGCCGCGUUUGACGGCGCCUCCCACGCCGCCACCACAACCGGCAUCACCCCCGCCGCCAGCGCGCCGAUCAUCAAGUACCACGGCGGGCCGGUGGUGGUGGGCAAUCCAACGGUCAACAUUUACCACAUCUACUACGGCAGCUGGGGGGCGGGGUCGGGCAAGGAGAUUCUAGAGGCGUUCGUGCAGUCGCUGAGCAGCGACUCGGGCAGCCAGGGCGGCGCGUUGGAUGCGAGUGUGAAGGGGUGGUGGGCCAUCAGUGCCGCGUACUACCAGAACGACGCUGGCGGGAAGAAGAACGUUAGCUCCAAGGUGAGAAGAGCGUUGAGCUAA